AUGGCCAUAUUUAGUGCUGAUGUUCGUGGUCCAUGCUUCGAUUCGUAUUACGAAAAAAAUAUAACUGAUUCUCAAGAAUUUGAUAUAGAAGACUACGAAGUCUUUCAGGUUUUUCAAAAACAAUUGGUCAAAGAAAGAGAGAUAUAA